AAUACUUCUCAUUGCUCUAAUUUUUUUGUGAUAUGGACUUUUGACCAGUUUAGUUGGCAUACGACCAGUUGCAAGAUUCUGAAUAGCAGAUCAAGAUGCGAUCAAAUGUGAUUUGUAUUUUUCUAUUUAUGGGGCUUGCAGCCGCUUUUCCUGCCACAGGGGAAAUUCAAACAUUUAAUUUCAAAGCCAGCUCUUACUUUAUCCCAAAUGAAAUGCUCGACUGGUACCAGUCUGGACACGCAUGUAAAGCAGUUGGUUUUGAAUUAGUGAGUGUCGAGACGCAAGAGGAGGACGAAUUUAUUCUUUCAAUCAUACGUCCAUUUAAUGAAAGUUUCUGGACUUCUGGCAACGACCUGUACAAAGAGGGAGAAUUUUACUGGGAGUCAACAGGUCAGCUGAUGGGCCCGUACUUUAACUGGGUCGGACCACCAAACCUGGGCGACGGUCAGCGCUGCGUCAGGUACCAGCUGCAAUACGACCUUCUCUGGGACAACGAAUCUUGUCAGUACUUAUCCCGAAUCGUUUGUGAAAAGGCUUCAUAAUAUAAUUUGAAGUCUACAAUAAAGCUCCAAUCAAAUUUAAGUUUAUCUUUCCAAUGAGAGUUGUAUUUUGAUGAGGAAUUUACUGCGUAAUUUGAUGAGUUUAAGUUGUUUUUUAAGCUUUUUCCGAUGGUUAUCUAAUCAUUUAUCAAUGAAUAAUAUAUUAAUAAUUAUUGAAUUUGAUUAUAUAUUUCCAUAAAAUAUUCAGCAAAAUUCAUGGAUUUAUAUAUAAUUUUAUGAUAAAUACACACUGUUAUCAGUUA